UUUUUUUAUAUUCUCAAAAUUCUACUCAAUAUUUCCUUUUCAUUGCGGUCAUACCGAUCAAACAUUUAUCUUGCUGUUAUGUCAGUUCAUAGCUUUAUAUCAGCAAAGAAUUGCUGCAUGGUAAUGAGAAUUAAUCUUGAUUGCAACGCUUGCUGCAGGAAAACAAGGAGAAUCAUUCUCAACAUGAAAGAAGUAGAAUCACACAUGAUAGCUAAGCAAGAAUGUAGAGUAGUGGUAUGUGGAAGGUUUACACCAGCAGAUGUUGCUAUAAAGUUAAGGAAGAAGAUGAAGAGAAGAGUUGAAAUACUGGAAAUUCAAGAGUUUGCUGAAACUGAAAGACAUGAAGACCCAAGGCCUAUGGUCUCUCUUACUAAUUAGCACUCACAUUUUAAUUUUUUUAAGGAAUUUGUUAGCACAAUUAAUGUAUUCUUUAGAUAAAAAAUUGUUUCUGUGUAGAAUUUGUUAGCUAAAUUCAUUUCUUUCAUAUGACAUUUUUUUAUUUGGAUAAAGCUUGUUUUAAAAUUGA